AUGGACAGUGGUGUGGCAAGCGGUACUGAAUUUUGUGGUCCUGAAUCUGCACCCAUCACUGAUCCCACAUUUUGGGUUUUUAACAUUUGGAAUCCAGCGCUUUCGUCCACAACAACAACAACUACAACACCAUUUACAACUGUCACGGUCACUACAAAGCCAACAUCGACAACAAGUAUCAACACAUUAGUAAAAUUUCUUCUCACUUCUACUCAUCUAUACUCAUGA